CUUCUUCUUUGUUUUUGUUUCUCUCCUUAUUUUGAUUUUCACCGCCGGAGAUUUUGUAUUUUCCGAUUUAUAAAUUUUAUUCGCCGGCGGUUUAGAGAUAAUGAAGGGGAGGAUAUCAAAAAUAGGAAGCUAUGCAAUCUCAUCUUCCAUUAGAGAUCAGCAUCAGCAGCAACCUUGUAUCUCUUGUACUACUUUCAAUAUCCUUGCUCCGAUCUAUAAACGUCUCUCUCACAAGGAUCAAAGUCUUCGUGAAAGCGAUAAUCGAGCGUAUUGGCUUGGAAGGAAUCAUCGAAUCCUUGAUUGGUUAUUGUAUGAGAGAUCUUCAAUCAUAUGUUUACAGGAGUUUUGGGUAGGCAAUGAAGAGCUUGUUAAUUUAUAUGAGAAGAGACUUGGUGACGCUGGUUAUUUAAGUUACAAGCUUGGUCGUACUAAUAAUCGUGGUGAUGGUUUGCUUACGGCUGUUCAUAAGGACUAUUUUAGAGUUGUGAACUCGAGGGAUUUGCUUUUUAACGAUUGUGGUGAUCGAGUUGCGCAGUUGCUACAUGUAGAAUUAGUUCCUCCUUACUCUCAGUAUGAUGCUCAUCAAGAAGUUUUGAUUGUGAAUACUCAUUUGUUGUUUCCUCAUGAUUCAACAUUGUCUAUAGUAAGAUUACAGCAGGUAUAUAAGAUUCUUCAGUAUGUAGAAUCUUAUCAGAAGGAAGUUAAUCUCAGUCCCAUGCCAAUUAUUCUUUGCGGAGAUUGGAACGGAAGUAAGCGAGGGCAUGUCUACAAGUUUCUCAGGUCACAGGGUUUUGUGUCGUCCUAUGACACUGCUCAUCGGUACACAGAUUCAGAUGCUCACAAGUGGGUAAGCCACCGGAAUCAUCGGGGUAACAUAUGUGCUGUCGAUUUCAUAUGGCUUUUAAAUCCAAAUCGGUAUAGAAAGCUGCUAAAAACAAGUUGGAGCGAGGCAGUGUUUGGCAUGUUCAGGUAUCUACUAAGAAGAGCUUCACUAACAGCUGAAGAUGCUUUUGCUUUUCUGAAAACUGACAAUGAUGGUGACCACAUUACAUUCAUGGGCUUCUGUGAGACUCUUCGGCAGCUCAAUCUAACAGGUCAUUGCAAUGGACUCACGACAAAAGAGAUCAAAGAUUUGUGGAUUCAAGCAGACAUUGAUGGAAACGGUCUUCUAGAUUACAAAGAGUUUCAGCAAAGAAUAUGGAACCAAACCUGGUCAGAACAAAGAGAUGCAGAGGACGGAGAAGCAAAAGGUAACCAAGAACAAACCGUUGGAUUCAGCGUCAAAAACGCAGUCUUGUUUCCUCCCGAAGUUGAAAAAGGAAUGUGGCCAGAAAAUUACUCUCUAUCAGAUCACGCGAGACUCACCGUUGUAUUCUCACCCAUAAGAAUGCCUUGCUCUCAAUUGGUCAAUUUUCCGAUCAUAGCUUCCGUUGACUUCCAAAUGGACAUGGCUAAUUUCUCGAUUCCAUAUUCUACGUCUCUUCUUCUACUUCUUCUCCUUGUUAUCGCUAGUUCCGUCAAUGGAGGAGAUCAAGAGUAUUCGCAUCAAUUGCUAACAGAAGCUUUGGGUGAUAAAGAUUGGUUAGUCUCUGUAAGAAGACAAAUCCAUGAAAACCCAGAACUCCUUUUCGAGUUACACAAAACCAGUGCUCUGAUUCGUCGCGAGCUUGAUGAAUUAGGGGUUUCUUACUCUUACCCGGUUGCGAAAACCGGAAUUGUAGCUCAAAUCGGAUCCGGUUAUCCUCCGGUUGUUGCUCUCCGAGCUGAUAUGGAUGCUCUUCCUUUGCAAGAACUAGUUGAGUGGGAUCAUAAGAGCAAAAUCGAUGGAAAAAUGCAUGCUUGUGGACAUGAUUCACACACCACUAUGCUCCUUGGUGCUGCUAAAUUGCUUAGCAAACGUAAACAUAAGCUUAAUGGAACAGUGAGGCUUCUUUUUCAACCAGCAGAAGAAGGUGGUGCAGGUGCUCUUCACAUGAUAAAAGAAGGUGCUUUGGGUGAUUCUGAAGCAAUAUUUGGGAUGCAUGUUCAUACUGGCUUACCUACAGGAGAAUUAGCAACUAUCUCGGGUCCUGCUAUGGCAUCCACAAGUAUUUUCAGUGUAAGAGUAAGUGGAAUAUUACCGGCUUCUUCGGAGACAUAUGCUUGUGUUGAUCCGGUGUUGGCUGCAUCAUCUACCAUCUUAGCAUUGCAACUUAUAGUCUCCAGAGAAGUAGAUCCUCUCUUAAGCCAUGUGCUGUCUGUUACAUUUAUGAAAAGUGGCGGUUCUGAGUUUGACGUGAUUCCGGCAUAUGUAGAAUUUGGGGGAACUUUGAGGAGUCUUACAACUGAUGGCAUGAACUUGUUGAUAAAGCGGUUGAAAGAGGUGGUUGAAGGAGAAGCUGAAGUUCAUAGAUGCAAAGUGGAUAUAGAUAUGCAUGAAGACGAUCACCCUAUGUAUCCAGCAACAGUGAACGAUCACAACCUACACGAAUACGCUGAAAAAGUUUUGAAACUCUUGCUUGGACCCGAGAAAGUGAAACCGGGUGGAAAGGUAAUGGCGGGUGAGGAUUUUGCUUUCUAUCAACAAAAAAUACCCGGUUACUAUCUAGGGAUCGGUAUCAGAAACAAAGAAAUCGGUUCUGUGCAUUCGGUUCAUUCGCCUUAUUUCUUCCUCGACGAGAAUGUUCUUCCCAUUGGAUCAGCAUCGUUUGCUGCCUUAGCUGAGAUGUAUCUACAAGAGCAUCAGAAUCAAACUAAGUCUGGAGAUUGAGAAAGUACUAAAGAAAGCUUUAGAUCUAAGUCUCUUAGUUAGUUGCCUUCGUAAGUAAAUGCUAUCUUUAUGA